UUGUCAUUUCCGUAGAAAAUAGCAGCAGGCCACAAGUCGCAAAGGUAGCUCCUGCCGUCGUGAUGAAUCCGAACGAAGUGGUUUAUAUUUCUAAUAUUCCCAAGCAAACCUCGUUAGCGGAGUUGCACAGUUUGCUGAAAUCGUCCGGGAAUGUGGUCGGUUCCACGUUCAUGCGCGAAAAUCGCAAUGAUUGCCGGACGAAAAUUGCGUUUGUUUUGUUCGAGAACGAAGCGCAAGCCGCGGAAGCUUGCGGCCUGGAUCAGACGCUCUUCCAGUCGCAUCGAUUGAGCGUGAUGCUGUCGAACGAUGAUCGAAAGUUUUUGGCCGGCUAUACCAUAGUAAUACAUAACACAUCAUCCGAUACGAGCGAGGAGGAUCUGUUCGAAGCGUGCUGUAGAUACGGGAAUGUCGAGACGGUACAGAUUCCCACCAAUCACUAUGCGUUCGUUAGCUUUUCGGAACGAUCCGCAGCCCACGCAGCGCAUCGGAAGCUGAACAAUUCGAUGCUAAACCAGCACCAGGUGUCGGUGAAAGUUCUCGACGAGGAUGUGCGAGUGCGGCUGGAAGAUUUGGAUAGUUACAAAACGCCUCGCGUUUACAAUGAGCUGCUGCGCGCGAAGCAGCAGUACUUUGAUAACCAGGAACCGAUGCGACACGACCCGCAGCAGAACCUGAUGGACGAUCGGGACGAUGAUUUCCAGGACCACCACCAACAACAACACCAGUACAACGACAAUCUGGACGAUGAUUCUAUGGGCCAGUAUAAUCGAAACGAGAACUGCGAUGAUUUUUCGCCAGCGCCGGGCUUGCAGGACUACGAGGAGGACUACAGUCCAUUGCUCGUCUAUCGUCGCGAUGUACGAUUUGGAAAGCUACGCUUCCAAACGGAAAACAAUACGGCAGUCAAGGUGGAGAAUAUUCCGCGCGAAGUUUACGACGAAGAUGUGGUCAUUUACUUUCAAAAGUUCGGCCCCAUCUUAAGCAUCGAGCGAGGCAUCUGUCUGAACGCGCUGUUUUCGAAAAUUUACACGAUAACCUACCAGAACGAGGAAUCGCAGCAACGCGCACUGAAUUGCUUUUGCCGACAGGUGGUACUGUCCGAUAUAACCUGCACCAUAUUCACUAUGAUUCCCGGAGAGGCACUUCAUCCGGUAAAGAAUCAAUCUGUGCUGAUUAACUUUGUACCAAACUAUGUAAUGUACGACGAAAUCGUACAAGCAUUUUCCGACAUUGGAAAUGUGUUGUACGUCGAGAAAAAAGUUCGCAACAAUGGUCCGACGAUCGUACACUUUACGCACCCGAUCAACAUGAACGACGCUUGCCAAAUCGAUAGCAUUACGGAUAUUAACGUUACCAUCGUACCAGUGAGUCAGAAAGAUUUCAUGAUUUUCACUACCAACAUGCCUGUGUACUUUCGAGCCGCCAAGGGCAGGAUGAACGGCACACCGAAGGGUAAUUACUUGCAGGAAAUAGAAGCCAAAGAGGAGCAGGAAAAGAAGGAUAACAUCAUUUUCAAAACGGGGUUCGACCCGCACUAUUGCAAUCCCAACCCGAAGAAGUACAAUUUUGAAGUGGUGGUUUACAACUGUCCCAAAGCUGCGAAGCUAUCAACGCUAAAAGGUUACUUCAACCGCGCCGGUGCCGUACGGGCGCUGCGCAAGGAGCCGAGCAAAUUUGAUUCGAACACGUGGAAGGUGUUUGUCAGCUUUGCCAACUAUCUAGAGGCUUACCGAGCCGUGCGGUUAAAGGGUAAGUUCAAUGGAGAUUUCAUCUUCAAACAUAUCGCCGCGGAAAGCCCCAGAUUGGAUUGCAUGGAAGCGAUAAUGGUGACGGUGGUACCAGAGGAAAACCUUUCGGUGGCACAAGUUGUACGCGAGUUUGUGAAAUGUGGAGUUUUAUAUUUUGCCGAAAAAACAUCGACAAACGAGUUCGUCCUCAUCUAUCGAGACGUAAAGGGGGCACAACGAGCCUGUGAGAUGCAUGCCAUUGAACGUCAUCCGAUUGAGGUGUUCUGGCUGAAGGAUGUAUUGAAACAGAAAGGGAAACAGAAAAUAUUCAGAUUUAAUUUGAGUUCUGGCGCGAACACGGGCGCUGAUGACGAUACGAAGGAUUAUCGGGGACGAGUGCUGCUAUCGGACAUGUUUGGGCAGAAGGAACCAAAGGACAUGGACAGCAAAGCAGUGCUGCCGAUUCCUCCACCGAAAGCCCCGAAGCCCCCGGGCGUACCGAGGACGGAACCUUUGACGGUGGAAAUCAUCAACAAGCCUUGUGACACACCCAAGCCAUCGACAAGCAGCGUCCCUCCACCGGUGGACAUAAAGGAAGAGGAUCUUCGGAAUGUAAUUGUCGAAAAGCGCAGCAUCAAAUCGGAAUGCCUGGAUCAGCUGAACAGUCUGGAAGAGAUGGAACGUUACAUCAAGCAGAAAGAGCAGGACAUUCAACGUCGGCUACAGCAGCUGGAAAAGGACGAGGCAAACGUUACGGCCUUGCUGCCAUCCACCAGCACGAAGCGGGCCAAAUCUUCGGAAGAGAAAGCUAAGGAACCGACCAGCGCCAGGACCGAGCCGCCUAGUGGUAGCAGAGCUAAUGCAAGCAGCAGCCGGCGCACGUCAUCGCCUACCCUACCCCUAAUCGAACCGAGCUCCUCGUCCUCCAGCCACCAACGGAUCAGCAACCACACAACGACCGUAGGAGUCAGCAUUCCCACGUACUCGUCGUCAGACAGCUUGAGGCUCUCGGAUCAGAUGCGGUCCGUUUCGCCUUCGGAUCGUUUAGCACACGAGCGGUACAUGCAAAUUCGUGUGGAAAAAAUUGCCAUCACGCAGGAGCUAGACUCGUUGCGACAACGGUUCGAUUACCGCAAGGGAUCUCGCGUGGACGCAUUACGGGAUCUGCUUGCCGGACUGAAUCGAGAGCAGCGUGAAAUCCAGAUACAGCUAGAAGCGAAGAGACGCUUCCGUAUGCCAGAUGAUGCAAACUACGCCGGCAGUUCGUUUGAUCCUUCGCCAUCGCCACCAGCGAAACGCCACAACAGACGAUCCUCAUCGCGCUCGUCCCGAUCGAUAGGGCGGCGAUCUCAAUCUCGUUCGCCGUACCGCCGCAAUGCACGGUUUUCUCGAUCACGCUCAAGAUCACGGACUUCCGGAAGGUUGCCACGCUCACGAUCACGGACCUCUGGAAGAUUGGUACGCUCCCGAUCAAGGAACUCGGGAAGAUUGGUACGCUCUCGAUCAAGAAACUCGGGAAGAUUGGUACGCUCUCGAUCAAGGAACUCGGGAAGGUUGGCACGUUCCCGAUCAAGGAACUCGGGAAGGUUGGCCCGUUCUCGCUCACGACGCACAAGGUCGCGAACUCAAUCACCACCGUCACGAUUUUCGCGCAAAUCCCGUUCCCCAUCUCCGCCAUCAUACGAGCAUCAAAAGCGACGCCGAUCGAGGACUCCAUCGAAGGAAGUGAGAUCACCGCCGGUCGCAAGGCAAGCCUAUCAGUUGGAACGGGUAAUGUACAACAUUGGACGCUACAACCAUAAGCACGUCAAGCACAGCGUGUACGUGGGCAACGUUAGCAGCCAGGUGAGCCAACGGGAAAUCGAAGAAAUAUUUGCCCGCUUCGGCCGGCUGGCGGAUGUGGACUUUGACCGGUUCAAAUGGUACGGCGAGGUAUACUUCGAUUACACCAAUCGGGAGCAUGCGUUUAAAGCGCUGGAAAUGAACAACGUUAAAAUAGCGGGCCGCCGGCUGCGGGUGGCGUUCAAUUCGGAUAAACCAUCGAUCAGAGAGGGAUACUCGCUUUACCUCUCGCUGAGACAACCGACCGACGAGCAAACCAUUUAUCGCACGUACGAAUCGUACGGUGAAAUUGAUUUCAUUUGGUACCCGGAGAACCAACUGAUCGGUACCAUCUCCUUCCGGCGGACGGAAGAUGCGAACGAUGCACUAGCGGUGUACAAGCUAAUCGAUGGAACGCCGAUCAAAUCAAGACCUUUCAAAGAUAGGGUGAACAACGUUGCUUGAACGAACGAGCACGCACGAUCGGUGAAGGUACCGAGCGUUACUUAACUUGCCGCCGAGCUAAACUUGAGUGCGUGAAAUCUACAACAGGCUGGUUCACAAUACCGUACAUUGAAGUACACCACUAAAGUUGUACUAAAGUUGUCGCGUAACAGCAUUUAACACUCAAACUUUGGUGAAACAACACAGCGCAAACCAACGGAAGCCACAUAAAGGGCAGACAAUUUAAUUAAAAGCGCCAAAUGAAGUUUGAACAAUUGCUUAAAUAUGAAUUUAAAUAUUGAUCAUUCUUCUUGUGGAGGAAAGAUUACGUGAGUGUUUUAGUGUAGCCGUAAAAUGAAGACGAAGUACGUUUGGUUAUUGCUUUUCCCAAGCAACGUGGUUUUGUUUUUCGAAGAGUUUCUUUCCGACACCAGAAAACAAGCAACACCGUGACGUGGUUAUGGAGAAGCUACAAUCAUCUUUUAUUCAUUUGCCAAAAGUUUUUAGUUGGUGUAACGUAACGUAUAGGCUAUAUUGCUAGAGAAGAAUUACACUGUUGCGUUACAGAUUUCGUGUGAGUAUACACACUCCAAAGUUAUGCAGAACUAGGUAGUAUCGUUGUAAAUAUUGUUGUUUCUUUUUUUCUUCUCUCCUUUGCUUAUAUUUGUUGGGGUACCGCGAAAAUACAGUUUGAAUUUUUCACAAUUCAACCUUUCUCAAGAGAGGAGCAUACACAAGCGAUAAAAAUAUCAAUUAUAGCAGCGUAGAGUAAAAGGUGUUCAGUUUUCACGUUUCAUUUAAAUAGAGAUUACUUUCGAUAGGGUUAAUAUCAGUGGAACAAAUGUAUUUUUCUGCUUACAGACCAUUUAAAAAAAAAACAAGCUAGAAAAAAGAAGAAAUACUUUAAUGAUUUGAACUCUGUAAUGCCCAUUGUUCAGGUGACUAGUAUCGACAGACGGUUUGGUGAAGGAAAACAGAUCUGUUCAAGUAAAUGUGCGCGUUAGUUCAGUAUGAUGCUACGCAAAUGUCGUCAAAAAAUGGAAAUUGAGGCUUUUGGAGUUGUGAAACGAAAACAAUCCGGUGGCGGUGCAAAUUCCCUUGUCACUUGAAACAUAAAAUUAAUACUUUUAUAAGUUGGUGCAGUACGCACUACUUAGAAGAAAAAGUUAUAUAGAAAAUAAAUAAUUAGAGCUACAAA